AUGUAACCUUUAUCUUAUAGCUGAAAUACGGUGAAAUAAUUCACUAACCAAAAAGGGCAUAAUGUGUUGCCGAUGAGAAGAUUAGGUUACCAAGUAUAACAAUAUUAUACUAUACUGUAACGCGAACGAUAACAAAAUUAUAUAGUGCGCGUGUAAAUAUAGUCAUGACCUCGUUACAUACAAAUCGCAUUAACGACACCACGAGACAUUUUUUUUCUCUACUUGAAAGAUUAUUGUCAUUAACUAGCACAAGGCUCAAUGACAAGAAACAGAUCAACUUGUAUCUAAAUGAUCUCAACGAGCUGGAUUAUAGAUGCCUUAAUAUUACAAGUAACGAUGCAAUAUUAUUGUUAGUGAAUCAACUUUGUGCAACAGUUCUACCUAUAGAAACUUCUUUAGUUCGAAAUAUUUGUAAAUUUCUAUACAAUCUAUCUCAAAGCAACGUCAAGCUCCAUGGCCGAACAUUUGCAACUUGUAAACGAUGGAUUUUGGAAGCAUUGGAGUUUUCUGAACCACUGGCACAAGUUGAUAUAUUAAUCACUAUGAAAAGCUUUUUACACAAUGGAUAUUUUGAUGAUAUCAAUCAUCAUGUAUGUCUGUUGCUCAAAGACAAAGGUUUAUUAAUGAAACAUUUAAAUCCAUUAUGUAAUCCAUGGUCUGAAAUCAAUUUCCAUGCACUUGGAUGUCUAGAAGAAAUUAUAACAAACAAAAAUAACAGUUGUUGCUUAUCGGAUGAAUUUACAUAUUUGAUAAAAGAUAUCAUUUUUAAGAUUUUAUCACUUUUACCAUAUCACAAUGAUGAUAAAUUUUAUUAUAGUAAAGUCAUAAAUUCGUGUCUGCACAUUUUGCAUUGCAUGAUUUUGGAAAAAUUGAUUCCUGGAUCUCCUGAUUUUGUUGGAGAAAUAUUAGGAGUGGUGCAAGCAUUUUUAUUUUAUGGCAUCAAAGGUUAUUCAGUCAUGACACCACAAUUACUUCGUCCAGCUGCAAUGAAUCUCCCAGAACGUGUUCAUGUAGUUCCUAAAUGCAAAAAUCUUAAAAAUCACAAAGCAAAACCCAAAAAGGCAUCCACCAAAAAGUCUAUAUCCGACAUAGGAAAUAAUGCCCUUCCAGAACAUAUUGGAAUAUCCAAAUAUUCCAGUGAUUCAGAUACUUCGGAUACAGAAAUUAAUAAUUCUGUCCAUAUUGAUUCUAAAAUAAGAUUAGGAGCUAUACGUUUACUUCAAGCUCUCAUAGAAAUUACUCAGAGUAGAGAGAUUUUUGGAUAUUGGCCACAAAUCGUAGCUACCGGUUCACGAAACGACGCACGAGUGUUAACAAGAAGCAUAUUGGUUGAACCUGUGUCUAAAGUACGACAGAAUGCAUUGAGUACGUUAACUGAAUUGCUGUUAGGCGCUAGACCAUUCUUGAUACACGCCGAAGAUACCAAUUAUACUUCUUUCAUCACAUUCUUUGGCACAGUAUGUCUAAUGAUCAAAGAACUGCAUUUUACAUUAUCAUUAAUUUUGCUCGCUGAAAAAAAUGUAGCUGUGUUAACGCACGCAUUGAAAUGCACAGCAGCUCUUGUACAAGGCACACCGUACGAACGACUGAAGCCGGGUUUGACUACUAAAUUAGCUAGGAAUUGUAGACCAUACAUAUUCCACAAAGAUCCGACUGUACGAGUCGCAGCAUUAUCCGUUUUUGAAGCAUUCGCUUCAAGUGAAUCUAUUACUCAGGAAAUACUAAGCAUACUGGCUAGACAGACUGUAAGUGAAACAGAAUCAGAAAACUCACAGCUUGAUACUGGUUUCAUUAGCGAUGUUGGAACAGAAGAAGAGGAAAUAGAUAUUGAAGAUGUCGAUAAUUUGACAAAUGGCUGUAGUGAAACCAAGAUAUCAAAAGAUGAAAGCACCUCUUCGCUGGUUCGCAUUUGCUUGGAAAAUAUAUCCAAUAAGAUGGUUAAUACACCUGUACGACUUCAAUCUUUAAAACUCAUGGGAAGACUAGCAUUUAAUACAGGAAGCCUUGUAUUUCCUCACUUGGAAAAAGUAACCACGACUCUACUUUCAGUUAUGGAGGAAUCGGAAAGUCAAGUAGUAUUACACGCAUGUCGAGUUCUAGAGAUUAUGUCGGGUUGUCUUGCAAAUACCGAGACUUAUCGUAGCGAUGGUACAUUAUUUUGGAAUAUUAUAUUUGAAUCUAUGAUAUCACUCGUCCAAUCAUCACAGACUAUAUUGCGAGAGGCUGCUUGCGAUUGUCUGGGUAGCAUAACUGGAAACGUAUUUACGCAAUUAUCGAGGCAGAAAAUUAUAUUAAUAAUUACAGUACUGUUCGGAUCAGUUCGCGAUGAAGAAGGUGCUGUAAGGGCAGCUGGUUUACGUGCAUUAGGAAUGUUGGUAACUUUACCAGCAUUGGAGGACGAUACCGGCUUUCUCAUGGACUUAGCCGACAUAGUUUGCUCGGCUUUUGAAGAUAAAAACCUCGGUGUUCGCGUGAAAAGCAUUUGGGCAUUAGCAAACUUGUGUGACUGCCUUUCCAGACAAAAGCAGCAUGAAGAGAUAGAACCAUUUCCUCUAGAGAAUUUCCUACCUAAACUGUAUCACGUAAGCGUCAAGGCUGCAAAAGACAAUGAUAAGGUGAAAUGUAAUGCCGUCAGAGCAAUUGGAACUAUUCUAUAUCUAUGUCCACAAAAGCACAUACUUUCCGAUACUACGCUAGGAUUGGAUGCACUUAUUAAAUGCGCAGUUUUAGGAAAUGAUAUGAAAGUACGGUGGAACGCUUGCCGAGCUUUGGGAUUGGUUUUGAGCCAUGAUCCAGAUGUAAUGUUGCCACCUUCUUGGAAAGAACAAAUAUUUCCAGCGCUUUCUACUUUGAUAUGCGAUAGUCCAAAUUUCAAAGUGCGCACAAAUGCUGCAUGGGCACUGUCUGCAUGUAAUUGUUAUGGCAAGUAUACUGUAAUGUUAUGGAAGAGUAUUGUAUUAGCAUUCGAAAAUACUCAACAUGUCCCAAGCUACGUUGAAUAUCCGCAUCGAGAUGCAUUAAUUCAACAAUUGUGCCUUACUCUUAGUCAUGUUGCUGCCUGUACUGAAAAAUCUGAUCUGCAAAGUUUGUGGAUCGAAAUUGGUGAUCAUGUAGAAGAAAUUUCUAAUUUCAUGAAACAGUUCCAAGAAACUGUUUUGCCUGAAAAACUAGGAGAUUUAAUUAUGGCAAAAGCCCAAUUAGAACAAUAUACAAAGGACGCAUGUUCUAUCGAAGAACGACAAAUCGCUCAAUCCUUGGCAAAUAUAUUUGAGAGAACUAAUCGCUUUGACAACUUAGAUGCCAUUACAUAGAUUUUUAUGAAACUGUGAAAAAUAAAAUAAUGUAACAUUUCUGCUAA